UGAGAGGCUGCCGCGGAGAGGAGGGGAGGGGGGUCAACCUGCUCUCCAAGGCACCAGAAGGAAGGACGAGAAAGGUCGGAUGGAGGCUCAUCAAGGAGAGGAGCAACCUGGAAUUAAGGAGAAGCUUCCUGACAGGGAGGACAAUCAACCAGGGGGACCGAAGUUAUGGGUGCUCCAUCACGGGGGGGGGGGGGUGUUGAAGAAGAGACUGGACAAGCCGCUUGUCUGAAAUGGUAUAGGGUUUCCUGCUUGAGCAGGGGGUUUUCAACCUUUUCACAGAUUGUACCACUUUUAGGACAUGACAAUAUUCGAGUACCACCUGUGCCUAGCAAAAAUUUGAUGACUGAAAAAAGGGGGGGGUGCAUUUUAGGUUUUACUGGUUAGAUUCAUUUGUUGCUAUAAAAAUGGCUAGUUUAUAUUAUGGAAAACUAAAAAGUUGAGGUUCGAGGUUAAUGCUUCAUUCUACUGCAACAGAGGAAGUCAGAAGUCAAUGCCUUUUCCCCUUUUCACUUUUUUCCCCUUCCUCCUCCCCACUGCGUCCUACUGCUUUUGUAUUUUUGUAUUUUAUUCCAUAAUCUAAUAGAAAGUUACAAACCGUAAAAAAAGGGAAAAAAAGUAUUGGUUUUAAUUUAUUCGGUGGCGGUUCCUCUGCUCUCAGGCCACGUGGAGGACCCCUGGCUGUGCAGGCUGCCCAGAACCCUGAGCAGUGGAGGGCAAGCACCCAGCCCAGCCUUCCCUGUGGAGGUGCCGGCUGGGCUUACCCUCCAGAUUGCUGCUACUUGGCUCACUCUCCUUGGCCAGGUUGCUCGUGUGUGUGGGAGAGCAAAAUGUGUGGGUCAGAGGGAGGCCCACUCCCUCUCCAUGCGAGGAGACCUAGCUUUGUAACCAAAGCAUCCUCAGCAGUAGGAUGGGAGGCCACCAGGAGAGUCAGCAGGAGGGGACAAGGGGAUGGCAAAAGGGCAGCAGGGCUGGUUGUGGCCAAGUGCUAAGGCAGGACUUCCCUCGGACCCCUCUCCCUCUUAUUAUAAUCUUUCUUCUUUCCUUUGCGCUCAGGAAGGGAUGACGGGAGGGGGAGAGAUUGCCAGUGGCCAUGUUGCUGCCGGCCCCAGCUAUCUCACACAGGCAGGGGCGGUCCUGGUGAAAUGGAAGCCUGGUGGUGGCUGCGAGGCUAGGUCAGUGAGCGAGCGUGGUGCUGAUCUGCUGGUGGUGGCCAUUAAAGCUGGAACACGCUCGGCUUUAGAUCCACGGGCAGUCCUGGAGCCAGCAAGCCCCCCCUCUCCCACCGUCUCUGCCCCACCCCUGGGGGUGCACGGAGAAGACAGCAAGCACACAAGCGCUGGCGUCCUGGGGAAGAGACACGCUUCUCUUGCCUUUUUUCUUUCUCAGUGGUCAGCAGGGAUGGUGGGCAUUCGUCGCCUCUUCGUGUGCCCAGGGGGCGGGGCAGGGACAGCCCCUCACUGGCCUAUUCCCGCCAAAACCUUUUAUAUCCUCUUCUCUCUCCCCCCUCCUCCUUUUUCAGGACAUCUCCAGCUCCCAGAAGCGCCGAUCAGCUGGAGCCCGGCACUGAUCCUGGCGCCUCUGCUGAGCCCCGACAGCCCUGCAGCUCCAGCUCUCUCUCCCCCAGGCUUGUGUGGCGCUGCCACCGCUUCAUCUCGUUCCUCUCCGCCUCAGCUACCCCUUCUCUAGGACGGUCGCGUUCCACCUGCCAGGGGCCAAAGUACCACUGGUGGUAUGCGUAUCACCGGUUGAAAAGCCCUGGAGUAGAAGAUCUCCAAGGUGCCUUCCAGCUCUUUUCUGAUGUGCCUCUGCAGAGCCUGGGUUUGGCAGACGAAUGUUGUUAGAGUUAAAAAAAGCUCUGCUGAUGGGUUUCUAUAAGAGGUUCUUAUGAAAGGAUUUUUUUAAAAAAGGAGGACAUAAAUAUUCAAUUAUUUUCUCUGCCAUCCUGGAUUUGAAGCCUGAGCUUUCCUACAGUAUUCUGGGUGUGACCUCAAUGGAAUGCAGGAUAAAAUUGGCUUCUCUUGAUUUUGAUACUGUAUUUCUGUGGGCACAAUGUUGUAAGCCGCCCAGAGUCACUAUCUAUCAGGGUUAGAAGGGGGAGGGGGCCAGGGCAAGGCACUUCCGAAAUCUUCCCAAGAAAACCGCAGGGGCUGGUCCAGGCAAUUGCCAGGAGUCAACACUGACUUGAAGAUGGGGGGGGAGGUUUUUGACUUUGUAUUAAAGAGCCAAUCUUUGAAUAUAGAAUUGUAGUAAAGGCUCUAGUGCGCUUGGCAGUUUCCUAAGUCCUGGAAAGCAAAGUGCAGCUGCCAGAACCCGGGUGACGUCACAGAGGGAGGCCCAGAGUUCCACCUCCCAGUGUGGCAGUUGGAAAGCCGGCCCCAAGGUGAAGCUGGCGGAGGCUCGGAGCACCUGGGCGCCCCACGGGUACUGUGAACUAGCACAAGUGCAGUAGUGUUUUGAGGGUUGGUUUUUGUUCUCUUGCUUGGAUCCCAAUUAAAUUCCUGAAGAUUAAAUGAGCUUCUGCCUUUUCUAUGGAUCGUGGUGUUGAUGUGCAUUGCCUUGGAGAGAAAAAUUCCCGGCCCAGUUUUGAAAGUGUAAUAGCCAGAAAUACAGAUAGCUUGAACGAAUUAUAAAUUAUCUAUUAAUGGCCUCACCAAGUAAAGGAGCAGGAUAUAAUUCUUUACUCGGUUCCUUUCACCUACAAUGUCAAUAGUUUGGUACACCAAGUCAAGAUGAAUUUUUUUAUUUUUCUCAUGAGUGAAAAAUGUCUUUUAUCCUAAGCAGACUUUCAUGUUCUAGAGGAACUACUGCCAUCAUCCUAAGCCAGGAUAGGAAACUUACAUCCCUCCAAAUUCCCCAUUAGCCCUCCCUCGUGUCCACGCCUGCUUGGGCUCCUGUGGGCUGGAGCCGUGUCCCUCCUCUCGAGAGCAGCAAGUUGUUUAUAUUUUGCUCUGGAUGCUGGCCAAUUUUCUUUGUGGACUCGGUUCCCAUCACUUGUGCCGGCUCCGCUCAAGUCACUCGAAGGAGAGAGGUCUUCACACCCUUUCGGCUUUGUUUACUAACCUCUUGAAGCCUCUCUUCUUUCACUCAGAGUGCCCAAUAUUGAUUCUUCUGUUCAGAUGAAUAUGGUGGCCUGGGAAUGUGAGAAGUGCAGCAAGCCAUCACAUGGAAGGAUCCAGUCAAGACCAGGAAGGAAUCGGCCAAAACCUUGAAAAAGCCCGUCAAAACCAGGACGGUACCAGUCAACCAUAUAGCCAUCAGGAAACUGAUGUUCAAGCCUUCUCUGCAAUCAGAGAGGAUUGGCCUGGGAAUUCUGAAAACAUUUCUGACAGGUAGAAGGAAACAGAGUCUCUUAGCUUCGCCUUUCCUUUCCCAGGCCAAGAGGUCCAGCCCUGCUCAUGCAGCCAGCCCUCAGAGAGUUUACUCAAAAGCACAAAGAAGGCAGGAAACUCUAGGAACAGAAGGCUACAGCAGUGAUGAAGAUGAAGUCCAAAGGUUGACCACACUGCCCCAAGGGCCAUCAGUUAUCAAUGAAGAGGAGUUGGCCCAACUGGCACUUAUCAAGCCAUUACGGUCAAAAGGUGGCCUGCGACAUAAUGCCAAACAACUAAUCCAGGAGAUUCAAAGACAAAUUGAAGAACAGGAGAUUCUGAAAGAGUUUUUGAGUUUAGAACACCUGAAGCCCCUGGAUGACUGCCAGGUUGCCAAAGCACCAGAAAACCGGGAAAAGAACAGAUACCGGGAUAUUCUCCCAUAUGAUGCCACCCGCGUCCCCAUUGGGGAGGCGAAGGGCUACAUCAACGCCAGCUACAUCCGUGUGCCAGUGGGCACAGAAGAGCUCUGUUACAUCUCCACUCAGGGCCCUCUGCUUUCUACCACCAGCGACUUCUGGCAAAUGGUCUGGGAAAACAACUCCAACAUCAUUGCUAUGAUUACACGAGAACAGGAACACGGAGUAUCCAAAUGCCACCAAUAUUGGCCGGAACCACCUCUCAAUUCUUUGGAUUUACUUCGUUUUCGGCUGCAACUACUCAACUACCAAAUCCUGGAUUAUUUUGUCAUUAGAAUCAUAGAAAUAAUCAACAAACAGACACAGGAAAGGCGCCUUGUGCAGCACCUCCAGUUUACAAACUGGCCAGACCACGGGACUCCCAAAUCGUUACAGCACCUGGUCAAGUUUGUUCGCUACAUGAGAAAAUCCCACCAGUCAGGCCCGGUCAUUGCUCACUGCAGUGCUGGGAUCGGAAGAAGCGGGGUGCUGCUUUGCGUGGAUAUUGUGUUGAUUUACAUAGAAAAGGACUUGUGUUUUGACAUCAAGCAGAUAGUGACCCACAUGAGAAAUCAGCGCUUCGGAAUGAUCCAAACCAAGGAGCAGUACAUGUUUUGCUAUGAAAUAGCUCUUGAAGCUCUGAAGAACAUCCAAAGUAGGGAUUCCCAGUAAGGACAGCCUGCAGUUAUCAAAUACGUCAGACUCAUUUUAUUAAUUGCAACUCGAGAUAUGAAGAGAAGCACUGUAAACAUUGGGUUGCAUUCCACUUCAGUGCCUGAAGACAGGAACUCUUAAGACAUCCGUCCAACAUAGGAAAGUCAGUGUAGACAGAGCGCUAGCUGUAUAAACAAGGCUGCUUGUGACUGAAUUCAGCUCUGCUGGCCUCUGUUCAUGGUGAGCCUGAGUUGCAUCAAACACAAAUAUGGUAUUUUCCCUGGGAUCUGAGUGGCAGCUGAACGGGUUUUGUGUGUGUGUCUUUAGGGGGCUCUGAGGCCACAAGAGGUCCGUUUCUUUUUCACCACCAGAAAAGAGAGCGCUGAGCCCACCAUUUAAAGCAGGCAAAAUCUUCAAGAAAGAUGAUGAGAACCCACCCAAGCACUCUGAGCUUCAGUGAUGAAAAUAAGACUUCUGAAAUCCACAGUGUGGAUAAAUGUUAGCGUUAUAAUAUGAGUUGCACCAUGAUAGAAGGAGAUAGAAGAAAACUCAGAAGAAAGCUUGUUUGAAUUCCAGAGUAUAAUGGGGGCUUUUAAAUACUGUCCUAACCAUGUAUGCACUGAUUUAUUUUAUUUUCUAGCCGUGUUUUGAAGCUCAGCUUCCUAAAUUAAUAUUUUAUUUAGGUAUAAAGAAAGAAGUGGAGGAACAAGUUGAUUUGAUUCAAGGAAUUCUUCUUUCUUUCAUGAAAAUUUAAUGUCUUUCAGUUUCAAAGUUCUUUUCAUAAGUUAACAGUAUUUUGAAACUGAAACAUAUUUUGAAGAAUGCUAAAAGUAUAAUUUCACUCCUUGGAAAUGGUUCUAGAUGGGCAGCUGAUUAGGGUAUAUAGCAAGUAAAAAUAUUUUAUGCUACUCUUUAUAAAUUAAUAGGACAUCUGAGUAUCCCAUAUGGCUUUAAAUCUUUGAGCAGCAAAAUAUAUACACAUGCAAUUAUUACUGCUUAGGUAUUUCUGAGUCUGCUUUUGUUCACCCACAUGACAAAGUUUUGUGACAUUUUCAUACAUGGGAAUUAUCAUACACGAGAAGAAAAAUCAGGGUUGUUAACCCCCAUUGCAGCGACGGUAGCGUUUUCAGAGGCAAUAUAUUGCUUAAAUAAAAAUACUGUACCUACUAUGGCUGAAUAAUUUACAAUUCUGACAUGUUUAGAUGCCACUGUAAAAGGCAAUCAUAAAACAAUUUUUCCUUUUUGAUGAUAUUCUUAUGUGAUGUGGACACCACAAGAUGGAAACACUGACUUACUCAGUUGGUAUCACGUCCACCAGUGCAACUAUGAAAGGAUCCAUAUUUUCAUUGGUAGGAAAUAAAGUAUGAUUUCUCUUUAGGUGAAUAUUGUAACUUGAGUUGAUGCUGUAACCUUUAAAAUGUUAUUGUUCAGUUGUGCUGUGUUUUCCUUCUGUACUGUGUAUGUAUGUUUUAUGUUUUUUUCCAUGCAGCAUAUAUUUGUGUUUUUCCUGGUUUGCAGAAUUUCAUCUUGUGCUAUAUUUGAAUUGAAUAUAAUACUUAAAAUUGUAUAAUGAAUGAAUACAUUUUAAUUACUGCCUUUGGCCAGUCAGCAAAUACAAUAAACCCCACAACUGAAGCCUUACUCUUAAA